GAGCCAAACGAGGUCAAUCCUCUUCCCCUGUAUUUGUCGCAGGCAGCUUCUGUUUCAGUGCUUGCAGUUGAAUCAAUUCGCCAUGGAUGUUGUUAUGGCAUUCUUCAGGAACAUCCCGGGCUCAGCCAUCUUGGUCGGCUAUGUACGCUCCCGGUGCGAAACUGAACCUCUCUUCUUCGCCGUCGAGCUAAUGCUCGUCUUUAUCUUCCUGAGAUAUAUCUGCGCAAGAUCAUACUCAUACAACCUUAGACAAAGCAAUAGCAUUUCUUUGACAGAAAGUGAGAUCGAUGAACUGAUUGAAGCCUGGACACCAGAGCCACUUACCACGGCUCUGACUCCACUUGAGGAAAACGCUCUCAAGAACUUGCCCAUUAUCGUUGGUCCGACAGGUCCAAGAUGCAUGCUUCAAACCGGCAGGACAGUUACUAAUCUGGCUACGUACAAUUUCUAUGACUUCGCUGGAGAUGAUCGUAUCAAAGAGAAUGCUAUCAAGGUUCUGCGCAAGUAUGGCGUUGGACCUUGCAGUGCUCCGGGUUUCUAUGGCACACAGGAUCUACACAUGGAUGUUGAAGCUAAGAUUGCUUCCUUUCUGGGCACGGAAUCUUGUCUACUCUAUUCACAGGCUUUCUCUACGAUGUCGAGUAUAAUCUCCGCCUUUGCGAAAAGAGGCGAUGUCAUUGUGGCCGAUGAGGCGUGCAACUACUCGAUCUGCAACGGCCUUCGAAUUUCUCGAAGCAAGAUCUACUGGUAUAGACACAACGACAUGGAAGAUCUCGCAAGGAUUCUGGCAAAGAUAGUCAAAGACUCUAAAACAAUAAGCAGGAGGUUCAUCGUGACCGAGGGUUUGUUCGAUAUUGUUGGCGAUAUGGUCCAUCUACCUGAAAUCAUCAAACUAAAGCGAGAAUACAAAUUUCGUUUGAUUCUUGAUGAAUCCAAUUCUAUUGGAGUCCUCGGUCGAACAGGUCGUGGCGUCACUGAAGCUUACAACGUAGAUAUAUCGCAAGUCGAUAUCCUGGGGGGCUCACUGUCAGGUCCCUUCGCCGCCGCAGGCGGCUUUUGCGCCAGCUCGCGAGAGGUGGUAGAACACCAACGGAUUAACUCGCCUGCCUUUUGCUAUUCUUGUGCUUUGCCAGGAAUGCUAGCCACGACUGCUGGAGCAUCAAUCGGUAUGCUUCAGGCCCAACCAGAACUCUUAUCGGAAUGUCGUUCUUUGAUCGCCGCUCUAAGGGAACAAAUUGCAAAAUCUGACUGGGUCAUUUCUACGAGCUCACAUCUGAAUCCCGUUCAAAUCCUGGUUUUCAAGACGGAUGUCAUCAACUCUGAAAAAUUAGACAUCAUAGAACAGGAAGAGCUACUUCAGGCCAUCAUAAAUGAGCUACUCAGUCGUAGAAUCCUUAUUUCCCGCCUAAAGUGCGUUCCGCCCGUCUUGGAUACAACUCUCAAGCAUAACGAGUGGUUGCAUCGACCUGCACUUAAAGUCAGUGUCAUGACCGGCUUAUCCAAGAGAGAAGUAUUUAAGGCUGGGUUAGCUAUUCGACAAGUGAUCAGCAAGAUCAUGAGACAGAAGCAGAAUUGAUCCUAGGGUUCGUGAUAGAAAGCAACAGCGGUCUCAGCAAUAGUCGCUCUGUCUGCCGGACUAGGACGCAGCCGGUCUACAGUAUGGACUUGAGUAUUGAGCCUGUUUGUGUCAUAAUUAGCUAUAACGAACAGAGCCUUAACAGCUUGUAGCAGCUCGGACACCACUGCUAAUGAGAAAAUCGAGAUGAACAUGUGUUGUUUUCUGUGGCCGAACUAACCCAGACCACUGGUGUCAGUCUCGCCGAACAGCGAUGCCGCGCUCGUGCCCGACCCUUCCAGAACAGCUUUGAUAAUCGUCUCCGGUUUCUACUUCCUAGUGCUUGAAAACUCCUGCGGUGUGAUGAUCUGCUGUCUACAACAAUUUUUGGCGGUCUCUGAUACAUCGGAGCCGCAUGAAAGUUUUCUGCCAGGAGAAUUACAAGACAAUAAAUUGCCAUGCCGAACAUCCGUAAGACCGGCCGGAGAAGAAAAUGAUUUACUGGAAUGUUGAACGCG